UGAGAGCUUUCGUUCUGCAGCUGCUUCCCUGACUCGAACAACAUAUUGCUCGUGACUGACAAUCACUCCACGUCAUCACCUGCACAGGCUUGUUGCGGUAAUACAGGAGGUGGUAGGGAGUGAGGAGCAGCCAUAAUGUCCGAGGAACCACGCAAGCGGUCCCGCUUCGACCAGACUGAGCCACCGCGCAAGUCUCGCUUUGAUCGACGGUCGCGAUCACCGGCACGCGGAGACAUUGAGGCUGGCCGUAGCCGCAGCCCAGUUGUUAAGAGCACUGAGGCUCCGGAUGCCGACAAGGCCAAGAGUGAUGCUGCGGCUGCAGCAGCAGCGGCGGCCGCCAGGAUAAAUGCCUCUAUCAGCGCGAAAAAGGGCAUCCAAACGGUCGAUGUGCCACCAAUCCGCUCAACCAUGUCUCCCUCGGCAGGUCCGGGCGCGGCCAAGUCUCCCUCUCAGCCAGGCACCAGCGGCACGCUGAACGCUGAAGUAUACACACAAGAUGGCGAUUAUAUCAAGGACAUCGAGAUCAACGAUCUCCGAAACCGCUACACUCUGACUAAAGGCAGCACACAGAAGAUGAUUAAAGAAAAGACUGGCGCCGAUGUCACAACCCGAGGCAACUAUUACCCGGAUAAAACCUUAGCUACUGCGGCGAACCCACCACUCUUCCUUCACAUCACAAGUACUACGAAAGACGGCCUGGAGAAAGCGGUGCAAGAAAUUGAUGAGCUGAUGAAGCACGAGCUUCCAGUCCUUGUUGAUGAGCGCCGUUUCCGUCGCCGUGACCAGGAGCAGAAGCCAGAGCCUUUCGAGCGUGACUCAUAUGGUCGCCGCAAGUGGCCAAGCGAGUCCAUCCCAAUCGAUCUCGAACCCAUCCCUGGCUUCAACCUGCGUGCCAAGGUGGUCGGCAAUAAGGGCGAUAACGUGAAGCAUAUCCAGAACGAAACGCACUGCAAGGUGCAGAUCAAAGGCAGAGGCAGCGGCUUCAUGGAAGUAGAAACGCGUAUGGAGAGCGACGAGCCCAUGUAUUUGCAUGUAUCUGGUCCGGAUGCGAACGACGUCGAGCGAGCGAAGGGUAUGUGCGUUGACCUCUUGGAGCACAUCAGGCAGGAAUAUGACGCCUUCAAAGAGCGCGGCCCACCACGUAGAGACUUCAACCGAGACAGUCAUGGCGGUGACGGAGACCAGGGAGGGUACGGACAGCGCGAUCGCGGCUCCGGUUCCUACGGCGGAAACGGCGGCGGUGGAGCCAGCCAGUACGGCGGUAACAGCCAGUACGGAGGAAGCAGUCAGUACAGCGCUGGGUACACUCCGGCUGCCGCGAUCGGCUACGGCGGUGCGCAGUCUCCGAUCCAAGCUCAGGGCAUGCAGGCGGCUGCUGCUGCACAGCCGACCAUGACUCCGGAAGCGAUUCAGGCAUGGGGGCAAUACUACGCAGCGAACCCCAGCGCUGACCCAUAUGCGGCCUACGGUGGAUACGCGCAAGUGAUGGCCUCGUAUAUGCAGGGUGGCUACGGAUAUGGACAAGGUCAAGGCACACCGCAGCAGCAGAACGGCAGCGCUCCUCCUCCGCCACCGCCUGAUGAUGGUGCGGCGCCGCCUCCGCCUCCGCCGCCGGGGAGUGCAAGUGGUGGAUACAGUGCGGUUCCUCCGCCACCCGGAAUGUGAGUGCUGGAAGGUCAUCAGAUCUCUAAACGACAGAUAGCACUAGCAAAUGCGACUAGACUCUUGUACGACGGCUGGUUGGCCAUUGCAAGAU